GGUGUCGCUGGAGAACGCCUGGUGAGCCAUGGGGAAGAGAUCCCGGCAACGUGGAGCGGCCCAGUGGGCAGCCGUGCGGGCCAAGGCCGGUCGCACCGCCACGGACGAAAAUGAGGACGAUUUAGGGCUGCCGCCCUCUCCCGGGGACUCCAGCUAUUACCAAGAUCAGGUAGAUGAGUUCCAUGAAGCGCGGUCUCGGGCAGCACUAGCUAAGGGCUGGAACGAAGUCGAGAGUGGGGAGGAGGAGGAGGAGGAGGAGGAAGAGGUGCUAGCCCUAGAUAUUGAUGAUGAAAACGACGAGGAUGGAGAGAGUGCGGAGGAGGAAGAGCUGGAGGAUGUGGAGGACGACGAUGAUGCUGCUGAUGAUGGUGGGAGCUCCGUGCAGAGUGACGCUGAGGCCUCUGUGGAUCCUAGCUUGUCCUGGGGUCAGAGGAAAAAACUGUAUUACGAUACAGACUACGGUUCCAAAUCCCGAGGCCGUCAGAGUCAGCAGGAAGUAGAAGAGGAGGAAAGAGAGGAAGAGGAGGAGGCACAGGUAAUUCAGCGGCGCCUGGCCCAAGCCCUGCAAGAGGAUGAUUUCGGAGUCGCUUGGGUGGAGGCCUUCGCAAAACCGGAGCCCCAGCUAGAAGAAGCUGAGACCCAGGUCGUGAAGGACUUGGCAAAGAUCUCGGUGAAAGAGAAGCUGAAAAUGCUGAGGAAGGAAUCCCCAGAGCUCUUGGAACUGAUCGAAGACCUCAAACUCAAGUUGACUGAAGUGAAAGGUGAGUUGGAGCCAUUGUUACAGUUGGUGGAGAAAGGCGUCAUCCCACCUGGAAAAGGAAGCGAAUACCUGAAGACUAAGUACAACCUCUACUUGAACUAUUGCGCCAACAUUAGUUUUUACUUGAUCUUAAAAGCCAGAAGAGUCCCUGCGCAUGGACAUCCUGUUAUAGACAGGCUUGUCACCUACAGGAAUCUCAUCAACGAGUUGUCUGUUGUGGAUCAGAAACUGUCCUCCGAAAUCCGUCACCUGCUCACAGCCAAGGGUGGCGCUGUAAAGAAAGAACUGAAGCCAAAAGCAAAAGUAACCAAAACCAAGCAAAAACCUGUAAAAGAGUCUGCCGCUGCCGCCGCUGCUGCCGAUCUGUCUGCUGAUCCUGGUUUUGAUGAUGCUGGACUAAAAUACGAUAAGGAAGUGGAAGACAGGCAAAAGUUGAAAAGAAAGAAGGAAGAAAACAGUGCUGAAGAGCAGGCUCCAGAAGAUCAAAAUGCAAAGAGAGCCAUUACCUACCAGAUUGCUAAAAAUAGGGGACUUACUCCUAGGAGGAAGAAGAUUGAUAGAAAUCCCAGAGUAAAACACAGGGAAAAGUUCAGACGAGCCAAAAUUCGAAGGCGAGGUCAGGUUCGCGAGGUUCGAAGAGAAGAGCAGCGCUAUAGUGGGGAACUCUCUGGCAUUCGUGCUGGAGUUAAAAAGAGCAUUAAGCUUAAGUAAAGCUGCUCUUUGGCCUACUUUUUGGCAGUUAUUUUAGAUCAAUAAAAGGGUUUUGAACUAAAG